AUGGAAGAAUACAAUAUUCUCAAGAAGCAAGAGCGUCAGUUGAGGACCUCCAUUAAGGGAGUGUCUAAUUUCGUUCGUGAUUUUAAGCCUGAGCUGCACGAGAGUCAGAUCGAUGUUAGAUUGAGUUUGCUUGAGUCUGCUAUUAAAAAAUACUAUCUGGUGAGGCAAAAAAUGGAAGUGCUUUUGGAUGCAGCUGAUAGUGAAGGAGCUGAAGAAGAUGCCAAGGAGUCGGAGGCUGCGAAGAAGCGGAGACUGCAGAGACAGGCUGCUGAGCGUGAAACCAAAUUUGACGAGGAAACGCUGGAAGUCGAAGAGCAGUAUUGCAUCGUGAAGGCAUCGCUUCUCGCAUUGCGUCCGAAGAAAAUGGAGUCCUUUAGUGCGUCUGGAUCUGGAGAGAAAGCUGAAACAAUGUCGCGCGUUAAGCUGCCGGAUAUCAAGCUACCAGUUUUCAACGGAAAACUCCGGGACUGGAUUCCGUUUCGGGAUAUGUUCGACAGCUUGAUUCACAAAAACGAACAGCUCUCAGAUAUCGACAAAUUCACUUAUCUCCGGUCAGCAAUAAGUGGUGAAGCACUUCAGGAGAUCAGCUCGAUCGAAUUGUCUGCUGACAACUACCAGAUAGCCUGCGAUAUGUUGGAGAAGAGGUACGAGAACAAAAAGUUGAUCGUGAAAGCGUAUUUGGACGCGCUUUUUGGAAUCGAACCUCUGAAAAAGGAAAGCGGCGAAGCUUUGAAUCACCUGGUCAGUGAUUUCGACCGGAAUAUUCAGAUGUUGGGCAAAAUUGGCGAGGACACAGAAAAAUGGUCGACAGUUCUGGCAUACAUGGUGUGCACUCGUUUGGAUUCGGUCACACUCCGUCAGUGGGAGAGUCAUCACAAUUCCAAGGACGUGCCGACAUACCAGAAAGUAAUGGACUUCCUGAGAGAUCAAGCGUUGGUUCUGCAAUCGAUUACGCCGAACAGAAACGAAGACAUCGAGAGUCGUCGCCAUCGUACAACAGUACACACCACGUCGAGAUUUCAGAGCAAUUGUGUAUUCUGCGCAGAGGACCAUGUCGUGAGUGCAACAGAAAGCACCAUCCGAUGUUGCAUAACAGUUUUUCGAGUCAGAGCUCCGUUUCACAAAACCAGUCGACAGUCAACAGUCAAUCGUUUCGGAACGGUAAUCGCCCUGGACCUUCUGGACAAGGUCGUGAACAAAGUUCGAUUAGACAGAAUCAACAAAGUCCUCAAGCACAACAGAGUUCCUCUAAUUCCUACCCCAUAA